AAAAAAAAAAAAAAAAAAAAAAGAGUGUUUCACUAAUAGUGUUUGUGCCUCUCUAUCUCUUCCUUCCAUUGAAGCGCCUUCUAAGCUUUUUCGCCUCUAUUAAAGUAGCUUCUCAGGUGCCACUUUGUUUUGUAUCGUUUGCUAUGGCUGAUUUGUGCGACAUGGAAGAGGAUAAGACGAUGGUUUCCAGAGAUGCAUUUUCUGAGAGAAUGAGGGAUUCGUUGUUUUCUAUACUCGAUGAUGAUUGGUAUAAAUGGCAUCGUGUGGAUGUUAGAUCUGAACCAGUGGUUGAGGUUUUAUCUGUGACUCUCCGAAACAAUAACACGUGCAGCAGCAAGGGUUCGUGGGAGAUUUUUGGUAAAAUUUAUGUGUAUGAUAUUACAAGUCAUCACAGAUGUGAUAUUUAUGACCGUGACGAAGAAUUUGAUGAGCCAGAGAUAAUCCCUUUGGAUGUUGGUGGUACCUUAAGCCUCACAGGACCCGAUGAUAUAAUGCCAAUGGAGAAACCUUGAUUGGUUUUGAUAUUCGCGACAAGGUUACAGGUGAAACCAUCAUAUGUGAGAGUGCUCCUUUGUUAAAGACAGUUGAUACCGCGAAACAACAAAAUCAUCCGUUUGAACAAUUCAAGAAAAUUAUAAUUCAUGGCACUAGUUGUUCAGCUGAGGUGGAGUACCUCGCACUUACUUUUGUUGUUUUUGUCCCUAUCGAGGUUCGACUGUUUAAGCAACAAGUGGAGGGAAGUGGGAACAACAAGCUACAAGAGGAUAAACUAGACGAACUUGAGGUUUAUGGGACCGUUUCAGCAAGUUAUGGUCUUUAUUAUUCUGAUAGUAAAUUUAAUCGCAUUAUGCUUUAUGAGAUUACUGAGGAUUCUAAUGAUUCUGAAUUGGUGACACUGGGAUCUCCUAUUACCCUGUCUAGAUCUGUGGUUGCUGUGCCUGCGUAUUCAUCCCUCACUAUCCAAGUAGAGUUAUGGAAUCGUGCUACCAAGGUGCUAAUUGUCCAAGGAAGCUAUAAGGCUGAAACUUGCAACGAAUGGGAUCAUAGAAUUAUUACUGGUCUAAAUUCUGUAAAUGCUGACGUGAUUGUUGAUUGGGAGGAACCAUUUCUGCUGAGUCGACUGGUUGCCAAAAAAGAUGAAGUACAAUGGGGGAUUCACUUUCAUUUUUGGACACCUCAUGCUGUAGAGGUAUUUUCAAUCUUUAUCGGCCGCCAAAACGAUGAACAAUUGAGUCUUUAUGGGAUGGUUACUUUUGAUGGCUCUCGGGGUCAAAAAUGUCUUUUCAAAAGAGAUAAGAAUGAUCCCUAUGUUUUGCCUCCUGGCAGCAAUUUGUUACCUCUAAAAGGCCCUGAUGACACUCUAAUACCUGCGGAUACAUUUUGGAUGUCUGUUGAGCUUGAGGAUGUUGAUGGUCGUGUGUCAAUCAAAGGGUUUGUGCCCUUGAGUGUUCAACUUGAUAAACAUAAGAAAGCUUGGUUUAAUCGCCUCUUGUGUGGGGUUGUUAAAGGUAGGCAUGAUCGUAGUUUUGCUGCUAUUCAUUACACAGUCCUUUCUCAUGCAUUGAAGGCUACACUAAAGGUUCAUUUCUUUUUCAAAGGUAAACCUUCUUCUGAUGAUUUUUGCAAAAUACAUGGGAGUCUGGUUGCUUUGUAUGAUAAAUAUGGGUGUAAAACACCUUAUGAGAAAUUAUAUUAUCGGAAUGUUCUUUUUGAGAGGCUUGAAGAUAAUCCAUUAGAAUUUCCAUGCAUGAAUUUUGAUGUCGAUCUUUGGAGACAUGUGGUUUCUGUUCCACACAAUUGCUCUUUGCAGAUUGAGAUAGAUUUGAGUUGUCAAACAACAAGUUUCAUUGAACGUUUAAAGGAGACUAAACGAUUUCAAAUUAGUCCUGGUGUUUGUGAUGAAGUGAUCAUUGAAGGAGCUGAAGUUGGCAUCAACAUCAAUGUAGAAUGGAGUCAAGCAUAAUGUAGUUUAUAUGUAGCUUUAUUUUUCCUUCUUAGCCUUGUAGCAACCAAUAUCAGUGGCGGAUUUAGGAUUUGGAUAAUGGGUGGUACUAAAUUAACUUUAGUAAAAAAAUUUACAAAAUACAAAGUAAUAUGUGGAGCGUAAUAAUUUUUUCUUAAUUAAAUUUUGAGUUAAUAAACCAUUUAACUAUUGUAUUAGUAUUUGCGUGUACUAUGCACCCUAUCUUCUGACAA